CGCCGACUCCGCGGCCGUCCGACGAGCCCCUAGCCGCACAGCUCGGGCCCUGGCCCCGGCCCCCUCCCGCCGUACCGCCCCCGGCCCGGCCCUCCUCCCACCUCCCUCCUCCCUCUCCAGCUCCCUCCUCCCUCCCGCCUCCCCAGCUGUCCCGUUCGCGUCAUGCCGAGCCUCCCGGCCCCGCCGGCCCCGCUGCUGCUUCUCGGGCUGCUGCUGCUCUGCUCCCGGCCGGCCCGCGGCGCCGGCCCCGAGCACCCAGCGCUGCCCAUCCGGCCCGAGAAGGAGCCGCUGCCCAUUCGGGGAGCAGCAGGCUGCUCCUUCGGCGGGAAGGUCUAUGCCUUGGACGAGACGUGGCACCCGGACCUGGGGGAGCCCUUCGGGGUGAUGCGCUGCGUGUUGUGUGCCUGCGAGGCGCCUCAGUGGGGUCGCCGUGCAAGGGGCGCGGGCAGGGUCAGCUGCAAGAACAUCAAACCCGAGUGCCCAACCCUGGCCUGCGGGCAGCCGCGCCAGCUGCCCGGACACUGCUGCCAGACCUGCCCCCAGGAGCGCAGUGGUCCGGAAAAGCAGCCGACGGGCCUGGCAUUCGAGUAUCCGCGGGACCCAGAGCACCGAAGCUACAGCGACCGCGGGGAGCCCGGAGCUGAGGAUCGGGGGCGUGGAGACGGCCACACGGACUUCGUGGCGCUGCUGACAGGGCCAAGGUCGCAAGCAGUGGCACGGGCCCGAGUGUCACUGCUGCGCUCUAGUCUGCGGUUCUCCAUCUCCUACCGGCGGCUGGACCGCCCUACCCGAAUCCGCUUCUCCGACUCCACUGGCAGCAUCCUGUUUGAACACCCUGCAGCCCCUACCCAAGAUGGCCUGGUCUGUGGGGUGUGGCGAGCAGUGCCUCGGGUGUCUCUAAGGCUCCUUAGGGCAGAACAGCUGCAUGUGGCACUCGUGACACACAGUCACCCUUCAGGGGAGGUCUGGGGGCCUCUCAUCCGGCAUCGGGCCCUGGCUGCAGAGACCUUCAGUGCCAUCCUGACCCUGGAAAGCCCCCCACAGCAGGGCAUAGGGGGCAUUGCCCUCCUCACGCUCAGUGACACAGAGGACUCCUUGCAUUUUUUGCUGCUCUUCCGUGGGCUGCUGGAAGCCAGGAGUGGGGGACCAGCCCAGGUUCCCUUGCGGCUCCAGAUUCUACACCAGGGGAAGCUACUGCGAGAGCUCCAGGCCAAUGCCUCAGCCCAGGAGCCGGGCUUUGCUGAAGUGCUGCCCAACCUGACAGCCCAGGAGAUGGACUGGCUGGUGCUGGGGGAGCUGCAGAUGGCCCUGGAGAGGGCAAGUGGGCCAGGGCUGCGGAUCAGUGGACACAUUGCUGCCAGGCAGAGCUGUGAUGUUCUGCAAAGUGUCCUUUGUGGGGCCGAUGCCCUGAUCCCCGUUCAGACAGGUGCAGCCGGCUCAGCCAGCCUUACACUGCUAGGAAACGGCUCCCUGAUCUACCAAGUACAGGUGGUGGGUACAGGCAGUGAGGUGGUGGCCAUGACGCUGGAGACCAAGCCUCAGCGGAGGAACCAGCACACUGUCCUGUGCCACAUGGCUGGACUCCAGCAGGGAGGAUACAUGGCUGUGGGUGUCUGCCCUGGGCUGGGUGCCCGGGGGGCUCAUAUGCUGCUGCAGAAUGAGCUGUUCCUGAACGUGGGCACCAAGGACUUCCCAGAUGGAGAGCUGCGGGGGCACGUGGCUGCCCUGCCCUACAGUGGGCACAGCGCCCGCCAUGAUACACUACCUGUGCCCCUGGCAGGAGCCCUGGUGUUGCCCCCCGUGCAGAGCCAGGCAGCAGGGCAUGCCUGGCUCUCCCUGGAUACCCACUGUCACCUGCACUAUGAAGUGCUGCUGGCUGGGCUUGGUGGCUCAGAACAGGGCACCAUCACUGCCCACCUCCUCGGGCCUCCUGGGAUGCCAGGGCCCCGGCGGCUGCUGAAGGGAUUCUAUGGCCCAGAGGCCCAGGGCGUGGUGAAGGAUCUGGAGCCUGAGCUGCUGCGGCACCUGGCACAGGGCUCUGCCUCCUUGCUGAUCACCACCAAGGGUAGCCCCCAAGGGGAGCUGCGAGGGCAGGUGCACAUCGCCAACCAGUGCGAGGCGGGCGGCCUGCGCCUGGCGGCAGCAGGGGCCGAAGAAGUACGGGUACCUGGGGCUCUGGAUGCAGUGGUGGCCGAGCCGGCCGCGCUGCCCGCUGUGCUGGGCCCAGACGCCCCAGCGCCAGCCAAACCUGGUGGCCCCGGGCGGCUCCGAGACCCCAACACCUGCUUCUUUGAGGGGCAGCAGCGCCCCCACGGGGCUCGCUGGGCUCCUAACUAUGACCCGCUCUGCUCGCUCUGCACCUGCCAGAGACGCACAGUGAUCUGUGACCCCAUGGUGUGCCCGCCACCCAGCUGCCCAAGCCCGGUGCAGGCGCCAGACCAGUGCUGCCCUGUGUGCCCGGGUAAGUGCCCUGCAGGAGUGGAGAGGGUAAUGGAGGGUCCACCGUGUGGGCGUGAGGCCUCUGUGGAGGAAAGGAGGGGGCCACUGUCUGCUUUCACUGCUUCCUUGGAUCCACAGAGAAGCAAGAUGUUGGAGACCUGCCGGGGCUGCCGAAGAACAGGGACCCUGGAGAGGGGGGGCACUGGAGAGGUGCACUGUGAGAAGGUGCAGUGUCCCCGGCUGGCCUGUGCCCAGCCUGUCCGUGCCAACCCCACUGACUGCUGCAAACAGUGUCCAGUGGGGUCAGGGGCCCACCCCCAACUGGGGGACCCCAUGCAGGCUGAUGGGCCCCGGGGCUGCCGUUUUGCAGGGCAGUGGUUCCCGGAGAGCCAGAGCUGGCACCCUUCGGUGCCCCCCUUUGGGGAGAUGAGCUGUAUCACCUGCAGAUGUGGGGCAGGGGUGCCCCACUGUGAGCGGGACGACUGUUCACUGCCACUGUCCUGCGGCCCAGGGAAGGAGAGCCGCUGCUGCUCCCACUGCACAGCCCGGCGGCGACGAAUGAGAUUUCUGACGCUCAGAGGAAUCAGGCAGCUAGGCUAAAGUCAUGCAACUGGUGUGUGCUGACUUGCUUAAAAAAUUCUGACCUUUCUGGGACCAGAACAGAGGAGCUCUGCUGUGCCCUCCCUGCCACCCCACUCUCCCUCACUCCUCUUCUAAAGUUCACUCCCUCUGUCUCCAGCAGUUGCAGAUACCAGGACAGUUGCAGAGCUGGAGAAAGAAGCUGAAGGCUCCUAGGGAGUAGCCAGAAGGCCGCGUGACCAAGAGGAUGGGGCCUGGGCUGGGGGAGGAGGAGCGCCGAGGACCCCGCAUUCUCCUGCGGGAAAUCCAGUGCCUUUGGCCCCUCUUUUCUGCCUCUUCUCCCUCCCCCACUACCUCUGGGAACCACAACUCCACAAGGGGGAGGGGUAGCCAGGGCCGACCAAUGCCAUGUCCACUCCAACUUUGGCCUUGUCACCCUCUCGCCUCUGCCUUAGAAGCCCAACCCCUUUCCUUCUGUACAUAUGUCACUGGCUUGUUGGGAUUUUUAAUUUAUCCUCACUCAGCACCAAGGGUCCCCCCACUUCACUCCUGCUGCCCCUGAGCUGAGCAGAGUCAUUAUUGGAGAUUUUUGUAUUUAUUAAAACAU